AGUCAAGCGAAAAAGAAUUACGCCAAGAAUUAAACGGAGGGAAUUUCUCAUUUGUACCGACGCGAAAUAGUCACAUCAUAAUGGGAGGACGUCAACGUGGUAAUUCUGGUAAUAGUGGUGGCUUCUUUGGCGGCGGUGGCGGUUAUGGUGGUGGUGGCUAUGGCGGCGGUGGUGGUUAUGGUGGCGGUGGUUUUGGUAACAACGGAAUGAAUCCUUUCAACAACAGCAUGCCACCUAACAUGUCCAACAAUGAUCUCAUGCAAAUUAUGAAUGCAAUGGCAAGUGGUUUUAAUAUGAAUCCUCCUCCACCGCCACCAGUGCGUGUCGCUUGUGGUGAUUUACGGCUCAAUCAUGUGGGCAUGUAUGUUGAGCUGACGGGACGUUUAAUUAAAAAACGGGUUUCUCGCUUUAUGGAAUUGAGAGAUCGUGGCAAUGGCGCCUGUCAAUUGGUCAUUUUGGAAAAUAGGAAUCCACGUGUGGCCCGUCGUUUGGCUAACAUGCCCGAAGAUACUAUCGUUUGUAUUGCUGGUACAGUACAAAGACGUCCAAAGAAUUCCUGUAAUCAUACAAUGCCAACCGGUGAUGUUGAGGUAGAAGUACAGGAUAUACUCAAUAUUGAUUUCAAUAAUAAAAGGGCUGGUGAUAAGAGAUCAUAUAGCACCAUGAGCCAAAAUAGUACAGCUAUUACCAGUACGGAAUAUAAAAUUGCCAAAAAUGAAAACAUUUUAAAAUAUUUUGAGAAUCGUGAUCUAACUUGCAAUGAUGUUAGACGCCGUGACAUUGGCAAAGAUAUCACCUUGGUGGGUUGGAUACCCAAUGGUAAAACAUCAAAAUUUUUACAAUUGAAAGAUGGUUAUGGCCAGACCCAAAUUAUUAUUGAGGAUGAUAAUAUGCGUGAUACCGUAUGCAGUGCACCGGAUGGCACUGUUGUCCAGGUGACAGGAAAAGUUUGUGCUAGACCCAAACAGAAUAUUAAUUUGAAACACGAAACUGGUGAGGUUGAACUUGUUGUUGCAACGGUUAAGGUCCUUAAUCCCGAUGAACCUUAUGAUGGUCCCAUCAAAGUCAAGGAGAAAGUUAAGAAAAUGUCCAUUGAUGAUGUUGUGGAUGAAGAGGCCGCAGAUGGUGAAAAUAAUGGUAAUGAUGCUCAGGGUGAGGGAGCCGCUGCUGCAGGGGGUUCUAAAAAAUCCGCAUCAUCGAAUGUUGUCUGUGUAGCGGAUUUAAAUAAAUUUGCUAGCCGCACUCAUACCUGCGGUGAAUUGACCACCGAUAAUAUUGGCGAAAAAGUAACCCUCUGUGGAUGGCUGGAAUUCCAACGUAUGGAUCGUUUCUUUAUAUUACGUGAUGGUUAUGGCUCAACACAGGUUUUACUAACCGAUAAGGUGAAAGGUUUCGAAGAUAAAAAUCUUAGCCUUGAAACUGUACUAAAAGUUGUCGGUACUGUAAUACCCCGGCCGACAGCUACCAUUAAUCCUAAAAUGAAAACCGGACAUGUUGAAGUUGAGGCCGAGACGGUAGAAGUAUUGAAUGCCGCCAAAAAGAAUUUACCAUUUGAAGUGCGUCGUUUUAAUAGGGCUGGUGAGCGAUUGCGUUUAACUCAUCGUUAUAUAGAUUUGAGAUUUGCUGACAUGCAACAUAAUUUACGUUUACGCUCCCAAGUAAUUAUGCGUAUGCGUGAAUAUCUCAUAAAUUAUUUGGGUUUUGUUGAGGUUGAAACACCAACACUGUUCCGUCGUACACCCGGUGGAGCACAAGAAUUUGUUGUACCCACCCGUAAGGCGGGACACUUCUACUCUUUGGUUCAAAGUCCACAACAAUUUAAACAAAUGUUAAUGGCCGGUGCUAUUGAUCGUUAUUUCCAAGUUGCACGCUGUUAUCGUGAUGAAGCUACACGUCCCGAUCGUCAACCCGAGUUCACACAACUUGAUAUCGAAUUAUCCUUUACCAAACGUGAAGAUAUUCUACAAUUAAUUGAAGAGGUUCUACGCUAUUCAUGGCCCAAGGAAUUGGGUAAAUUACAUACACCAUUCCGACGUAUUACAUAUGAGGAGGCUGUUGAGCGAUAUGGUAGCGAUAAGCCAGAUACACGUUUCGGAUUUACUCUCUCCAAUGUCACCGACAUCAUUGAAAAGAAUCCAACCUUUGGUGAAAAAUUCAAAAAUUUAGGAGCCUAUGUUAUUAUUGCUCGUGGUGGUGAUGCCUAUUGGAAUACAGGCGCACGUAAACAUUAUGAAAGUUUAUCUAAGGAAUUUUCCGGUACUCUAUUUGUUCGCAAAUUUGUGCAAUAUAAAGACAUAUUGGAUCGCUUAUCUAAACUUCUAUCCAGCGAAGUGGCAACAGAAUUAAUUGAAAAAUUCGACAUUGAAGAAAAUGAUUUGCUUUUCAUGGGCAUUGGUGAAAAGGAUGAAACUCGCAAACUUAUGGGUAAAAUACGUUGUGACUAUCAAACGUUCCUCGUUGAUAAUGGCAAGGCACGUAAAAUUGCCGAAAAUAAAUUCGUUUGGGUCUUAGAUUUCCCCAUGUUCGAAAAGAAUCCAGAAACGGGUGUACUAGAAAGUGUUCAUCAUCCGUUCACAGCACCCCAUCCCGACGAUAUGGAUACAUUUGUUAAUGCCAAACCUGAUGAAUUAUACAAUAUACGUUCGCAGGCCUAUGAUCUAGUACUGAAUGGCCAAGAAGUCGGUGGUGGUUCAAUGCGUAUACAUGAUCGUGAUAUGCAGCAUUAUGUGUUGGAAGAAAUCCUUAAAAUACCCCAUGAUCAUUUGGCACAUUUGUUGAGUGCCUUAGAGUCGGGAUGUCCGCCGCAUGGUGGCAUUGCCCUGGGUCUAGAUCGUCUAAUAUCGAUAAUGUGUAAGGCUACCUCUAUACGUGAUGUUAUUGCUUUCCCAAAAUCGUUGAAUGGUAAAGACCCCUUGUCCAAUGCACCAGUUCCAAUUUCACCGGAAGAAAAAGCUCUCUAUCAUUUGUCAGUUCUUGAAAAUGAUACCGGCAAUGAACACGAAGAAGAAGAUACCGAUCCCGAUGCAACGCGACGUGUUCCAACACCUGUUAUGGCAGAAGAGGAGACUGAUGGUAGUAAAACAGAAACGGUAGAUAAAGCCGAACCUAUGGAGGCUGAUGCAGACAAUGAAAAUAAUGCAACAGAGGAGGUGGAAACCCCCAAACCAACAACAACCACAAAACGUGCAGUUAAAAAGAAGCAAUAA